CUGAUGUAACUGAUGAUAUUUAUGAAAAUUAAAUGAUAUCAAGUUAUAAGUAAAGAAUCAUUUCAGAUGGCGAUUUAACACCAUUCUGGUGAAAGCUAAUUGCUUGUUUUCUUUAAUAAGUUCCUCAUUGAAGCAUUAUAGAAGUUUAGAAAUAUCCAGAGACAUUUCAAGUCCUAAUGGAAACAGAUUUCCCAAGAGGAGUGCUAGAAAACGCUACAAUUAAAACACCUGGGAAACCACCCCUCAUAGUAAUACAGUUUGGAUUACGCCUCAUUGUGCAGCAUAGAAUCUCAUUUAUCUUCAGUAUGAGCUCCAAAAGAAUCCAAAUGGCUUGAGUUGUUGGGAGGCAGUCAGCUGCAGAGCUAAAAACAGCUUUAUUUGACUUAGUGCUUAAAAGAAUAUUGGAGGUUCUUUUAGUAAAAAAUACUAAGAUGAAGAAAGACCUCUAACUGCUGAUUGAAAUGUCUCAUUCUGGGAAUCAGAGUACUUCACCUUGUCUUCAACAAAUUCUCAAAAUUUACAGACACUCUGGAACCUUUCUGCUAUAGGAAGAAGUUAUUCUUCCUUUUAUGAUGGAUGAAAAAUGAAUGAAUAUAGCUACAAGAUGAAUAAAUAGUCCAGCUUAUUUCCAGGGUUCCCAGUGCCGAUUCCGACACUGUGAAGAGGCCCUUGGCAGUGACACUGUGUGCUCAUUAUGGAGAGAGGGAAAAUGUUUAGAUCCACUUUGCAGAUUUAGACACAUGGAAAUGCAGCAAAACUGCAGCAUUUCAUGCUUCUGGGAAACUCAACCUCUUGGUUGUGUGAAGAUCAGUUGUAUCUUUUAUCACAGCAAACCUCGAAAUAUCAAUGGAUUAUUUUUGCCACCAAGUAGCAAUAUCACACCACAGAAAGAAACUCAGGAAGGAAUUCCACCCCUGACCCAGAGUCAGGAACCCCUGAAACCUCAGGAGAAUAUAUCACGACCCAUUCAUCAUCCUUUAGUUUUAAAAACUAACUUUGAGGAAGAAGAGGAGGAAGGAGAUGAACAAAAUGAUGCAUCUAGUUUAUGGACAAAGACUCCUGAAGAAAUUGAAGAAAAAAGAGCAAUAAAGGAGAUGUGUUAUAAAUCCGGUGAAUACUACAGAUUUCAUACUCCAGAUAUUUCAUCAUCAAAAAGCAUAGCCUCUACAGCAGACAAAGAGUUAGAAAAGCCUUCGGAAAAUGGCAGUGAAUUGCAAGAAGGGGAUGGUCUUACAGUUCCAACAAAAUUUAGCCUAUCUGAAAGGCAAGGUGAGAUAAAAGCAUCAUUGGAUAGGAAACCAAGGACUGACAUUGCUGCUUUUGAAAAUGGAGGAGGUGACUGUUAUGUUCCACAGAGGAUCAUAUUCCUUGGAGUAGAUGAAAAGGAAGCUGCAACUGAAGAGAAAGAAAUUAUCGUGUCAAAAUGUUCAAAUACUAAAGAUAACAAGGACAGCCCUCAUCCAAAGCGUUCCCUAACUACCCGACUAGUACCUACAACGCAUGUAUUAAAUGCUACUGAGAAUAUCAGUAUGAAGUGCAGAGAGGACCCCUCUUCAAUGAAUGAUGUCCAGCCAGUGAGGAAGCCUCACUUUAAAGGUGUGAAGAAAAGAAAAUGGAUUUACGAUGAACCAAAGAAUUUUCCUGGCCCAGGAAUGCAGAGAGCAGUACAGGCCCCAAAUCCCAAAAAUAAAAUGAGUUACCAUCGCAAUAAUAAAAACAGAAGUGCUGAGAAUGCAUCCUAUAUCCAUGUUCAGAGAGAUGCUAUCAGGACUGUCUCACUGAGUGCACCUCCCCGCAGCAGGCCCACAAAUAGGUCCUACAAUAAAGUCGAUGUUAACAAGGAACCCAAACUCAACCUUUGUCCAGAUAAAUAUAUGUCAACAUCAUAUAAUGGUUCAGCCUGGCGAAAAAGAAUUCCUUUUUCAAAAACAUAUUCAAAAACUGAAAAGAUAUAUACAGAGCCAAGAAGAAAUGGGAGCAAGUAAAUCUGGAGGUUGAGAGAAGAGAAAAAUGAGAAAAGAGAAAAGUGCCAGAUAUCAUCUGAUUUACAAUCAAAAGUGAAAAUUCAAAGAAUGAGAUAUUCAAGUACUCCAUACUGUAUACUGGGUAGCCAAAGAUGAUAAAAUGCAAAUUCUGAAAAUAAGAUGCAGGAAGUACAUUGUGCUCUUUCAAAACUGAUAAAAAUGCAAAUUACAGACAGCUGCCUGUGUAUUUAUAUAGGUCUGGAAUUCAUUCUAUGUAUUGCCACAAACAUUUAAUAAAAUUUAAAAGUUUGACAAUUAAAAUCAUUCUUUAAUUGUAAAUAAACUAAGUUAGAUUGCACACA